GAUUCUACACAUGUCAAAUCUCAAAAAGUGACGUACUUGUCAUAUAAGUCACGAUUUAUUUAAUUUAUAAAAGUUCUUAGUUAUAUAUUCCAUCUGCUCAUACAUUAUAUUUCACAAAAAAUAAAAAGCGAUGCCUGUGAAAGACAACCUGGAUACUUCAAAAUUAGACACGAAAUUAGUAGAGCAGGAUAUGAAUGAAAGUGGACCAACACAGAUUCGAGAGCUUACACAAACAGACAGGCUAAAUAGAAGUCUUUUGCAAUCAUUUCUUGCUAGAAUUAAUCAGCCAAAUUCCAAUUUUAAUAUAGAAAAUAGAGAAAGAAGCAACACAAGUGCUGAAAACCAUGUAAACAAUUUCCAUUAAAUCUGUCAAAAUAAUAUAACCUAAAAAAAUUAAGGGCGGGAAGUUUCUUGGAGUUUGGUCAAACAAGUUGUUUUGAAUUAGGAAAAUGUCUUCUGAUAAUGAGUAUUUCAGUGAAAACGAUGAUGUUCAACCAAAUUCCAUUAAUUUGGAGGACAGCCCUCGUGAAAUUUCUAUUAUUGAAGAUGAAAGUGGAGGAAAUGAUGAUCAACAAAAUGAAAAUAACAAAGAUGAAUCUAAAAAGGUAGUAGUAAAACCCAAAAGGAUAAUAAGAAAUCCAGCUCCUAAAUUUAAUGAACAUACUAUAAGAAAUGAAAAAGGUUUACCGGCUCUAUUAAAUCAUUUCAAGGAUGUGAAAUUUAAAGGACAUGGACAUGAAGAAGAGGAUUUGAAUAAACUUUUGAAAAUAUAUGAAUAUUGGUGUCAUCGUUUUUAUCCUAAAUUUACAUUUGAUGACUGUAUUCGAAAAUUAGAAGCAUUGGGCAAUAAGAAGUCUACUCAGAUUUAUUUGAAAAAGAUGAGAAUGGGAAUUGAAGAUUUUUAUCAGGAAACAAGUGGAGACAACAUUCAAACAGAAGGUUUUGUUGAACCUUUUGAUGAUCAUUUUUCAACUCUAAUGCAUGAACCUGAACCAGAGUUGACAGAAGCACAAAUAGAAAAAAUAAAACAAAAUAAAUUGAGGGCUGAGGCAAUUAGAAGAGAAAGAUUGUCAAGAAUAAAUGGUCAACCUAGUCAGAAAUAUAGUGUUGAUACUGUUUGUGAAAAUGAUCAACAUGAUUUAGAAGUGCAACUAAGUGAAGAAGAAUUGGGUAUAGACAAUAUUUUGAAAAUGGUGAAUGAAGACAGUGUUUCAUCUAGUUCUGAAGCUGCUCUAAAUAAAAAUGAGGAACAGUCAUAUGACAAAAAAAUUUCAAAUGCUAUACGAAGAAAUAUUCUUAGUGACAGUGAAAAUGAAGAAAGCUCUAAUGACGUCACUAAAUUGCACAAACGUCACUCCCCGGAAAGUAAGGAGGCAUCAGAAGAUGAUAAAAGUAAUCAUUCAGCCCAUUCCUAUAAUUCAACUGCCAGUAGUAAUGAAAGUACCCUUUUACAUAGUUCUCAAUUAGGAAAGUUGAAAGGUAAAUCCAAGAAACAAAUUAAUAACCAAAGGUCAUUUAGGAGAAAAAGGAAUAUAUCAACUGAUAGUGAUGACACUUCACAGAGUUCAUGUUCAUUGCAACACCCAUCUAGUCAAAAGAAAAAAAAAUCUAUUUCAAGCAUAAUCAAGACAUUAUCAGAUAAUGAUGAUGAGCCAGUUCAAAGUAAUGGUAGUACUGACAUUUUGAUUAAAGAAAAUCCCAGGAAUAUCACUGAUGAAGAUGUUAAUCAAAACAUAGAUAAUUUUGUUGAUAGUGAUGAAUUAAACAGUUUUGAUAAUGCAAGAAAGCAUAUUCAUGGAUUGAAGCCAAAAAGACGACUUAUUGUGGAUAGUGAUGAAUCUGACUAAAAUAGUCAUGUUAUUUCUUACAGAAUAAUUGAUUUUGCUCUUCUAAAUAUUUAUUGUUUUAAGCUUUUACUGUUGUUUUUGUUAUGCACCUUGGGCAAGGCAAACAUCUAAUUGUAUGGAUUAAUUUCAUUAUUCACUUUUGAAAACCUUUAGUAACAGAAAAAUUGUUGACAUCAUUUCACACCAAAAAAAUUCACCAUAUCAGUGGAAUUAGAAGACUUUAAUCAUUUGUGGUUUGCAUCAUCACACUUCAAUAUCCAACAAUAACAAUGCUAAUACAUAUUUGACUCUUUGCUGCUAAUAUUUUUGUUCUGCUAGCAAUGCAAUGCAAAAGGAAAAAAUCGUGUUGCACACAUCAGAUAACUUAUUUAGAAUUAUUUGGAAAUUAAAUUGUUGCCAUUUAUUUCAUUCAUAUAUUCCACAAAAGCUUAUGAAUCCAUUUCUUGAAAAAAUAUGUUGAAAAGGUGAUUGGUUAAUUCCUCAAAUGUAUUUUGAUAUUUUAACAAAAAUAUUCAGUAUUUGAUGUUAUAUAUUGUCAUCAUGGUUUUCAUUUCUCCUCUUUUUACGAAGUUCAAAUAACUUAAGGGUAUUUAUAAAUUUUUAAAUAACACUUUAUAUUUGUAGACACUGAGUUUCAAAUUUAUUUGUAUAUAUAAACAGUUCAUAAUAAUUGAUGAGAAAUGAAACUAGCACUUGUUUUAUGGAUGAUUCAUUUGGUAUAUCAUAAAUAUAACAAAGUAUUUUUGACUCAAAACUGUUGCUCAUCACAGACUUUGCUAUGUCUGAGAAUUUAGAAAGUUUUAUAAAGAUAUUAUUUUGUUUAGUGUGGAAGAAUAAUUAGUUUAGUGUCUAAAAGUACGUACAUUCAUUUGUAAACUAAUAUUACCUCAAAAUAUAAGGAUACUGCUUUGUGUACACUUUUUUAUACAACUGAAAAAUAAGGAAGACGUAUGUAUCUAUUGGGGUAUCAUAUACACUGCGACCCAAAGGAUCUAUAUAUUGGAGACCCAGUGUUUACAGCUGAUCUAUUAAUCCCAAUCCUUUUAGAAAAUUCAGAAUGUUUGAUGGCUGUAGCUGCCAAAGAUCUUCGUCUUCUAUUUCAUACACUCUUAGGUGUAGUGCUCUGGAGUUCCGUAAUAUUUCACAGUUCAAGAUAAUGUGGAUUAAGGUUUCGUCCUCUGUGCAACUGAUCAUAUGCUAGGUCUAUCAUCUUCAGGUGUUUGUUGAAGCGACAGUGCCCCGAUAGAACUCUUGUUAGUUAGUAUUAGUAGAUUAUUCUUACUUAGGUUGAUACAUUCAGCAGAUCUACUCUGGUUAUAGUUUCCCAGAAGAGUCUUUGCCUGUCUCAACCCCUGAUAUCACAAAAGGGUUCAGGUCCCAUGAAGGGCUUCUCUGCCCCAAAUAAUAUAAAUACGAGGUAGUUUUGGAAGAAAAGUGAGAAUUAUUUGUUCACAUUUUCAAUAUUGUAAAUAAAUUUUAAUGAAACUAUUCCAUUUGUAUUGUUAGAAAGGUGCUCUUGGAAUGAUGAUUCGAAUCAUUUUCGAUUAUUCAUAUAUUUACUAAAAUCAUUACAUCUUUUCAAUACAUCAAGUAGUACAAAUUAUUGGUCAAAAUAGCAUUCAUUUGGGUCAUAUUAUGAAGUUUGUCACAUUAAUCCUGAGCUUCAGCUAUUACCUACUACUUACCAAAUUUGAGUUAUAUUGUAUCUAAACAUUUUUUAGGUUGUAUUAUUUCAAAUAAAUACACUUGUAAA